CAAACAGCCGCAUUUUAAUCACUUUUGCUUGUAAAAUUCGCCCGCAAACUAGUGCAAUUAGUGUACGCCUAAGCAAACCUCCGCCUAAAACCCACCCUUUCCUAUUCGCGACGCUAAACUUACCCGCUACCAUAAAACAAACGCCGCCCGUGCUUGCAGGGAUGCGUCAAACGCGCUCUACCCUUCAAACGCGUCAGUGUGUGACAUGCGUCGGUGCGCGAGUGUGAGAGCAAAAGCAAGCUGAAAAAAUUGCCGGGAAGUGUGGUCCGCGUUUUCUUGCACGAGUGUGUUGCUGGCUUCGCAAACGGGAGAAACGCACGGCGAAAUACACGGACGCGCGGCUACCGUACACGGGCGCACCCUGUCGUGAAGCCAAAUCCUGUCUAGUUGUGCAGUGGUCCAACGACCGGGAGUUUGUUUUUCGUUUCGAGGGAAUUGCAUCCGCUCGUACCGGAAUAAUCGUGUCCAGCGCGCACACACACACAUACGCAUACGCGGUCUCUGGAAAAAGCAAGCUGAGCGCAGUGUAGCAACGCCUAUACCUUUCGGGGCGGUUGUACGUGCGUGUCUGCUGUGUUGUGCAUUCGGGGAAGUGCACAAAAUCGCUUCGCUAGCCGGAAGUGGCCACGGGCCGGUUUAUCUUCAGCCAGCACCAGACGGCAACAUCGUCUUCUAGGGGGGAAACCAUUGCUGUUUCGCGUGCGUGUGUGCUUGUGUGUGUUGUGUCUGCGUGUGUGCAUCCGGCGGGCAGAACAGAAAACAGCGAAUUGCCUUCCCCCUUGUCGUUGGCCUUCUCCCAUGUUGUUCUGGCGUGACAGCAACCUUUUAGUGGCGCGUGGUGCCAAACAAUAAUAACAAUAAAAGCCGGCUUGUGUGUGUGUGUGAAGCGGAUUUGUGUUUGUUUGCUGGAGGAACACGGUACGCGCGCCGCCAAAACAUCCCAUUAUUGCGACUAGUGUCCGAUAAGUUGCCGUUUGGGUGUGCAUACUCACACACACAGAGAUAAACAGACGGACACGCGCUUCGGUUUGCAGCAGCAGCGGAAAAGGCAGCAACGAUGGGCGCCUACCUUUCCGAACCCCUGACGACGAAGGAUUCGAGCGAUGAGUCGAACGAGUUCUUGGCGUCCGGUUCCAGCUCGAUGCAGGGCUGGCGAAUCAGCCAGGAGGAUGCACACAACUGCAUACUAAACUUCGACGACCAGUGCUCGUUCUUCGCCGUGUACGAUGGGCACGGCGGGGCGGAGGUGGCCCAGUACUGCAGCCUCCAUCUGCCCACCUUUCUCAAGACAGUCGAGGCGUACGGGCGGAAAGAGUUUGAAAAGGCGCUGAAGGAAGCGUUCCUCGGCUUCGACGCGACCCUGCUGCAGGAGAAGGUGAUCGAGGAGCUGAAGGUGCUGUCCGACAAAACGAACGGCGAGGACGAGGCGGACGAGGAGGUGGAGGAGGAGGAGGAGGACGAUAAUGUGGAGGAUUUGUGCAAGGAGGCGGUGAUGCCGCUGAACGAGGUGCUGCAGAAGUACCGCAAGGACACGAAGCCCGGCGAAGCGAAAAACCAGCGGGUGGCCGCCAUCAAGGAGGGCAGCUGCUCGAAACCGGUCUCGCCGUACCUGAAGGGGAAGCGGCGGGCGGCGGCGGCGGGCAACGAUGCCGGGGCCGGUGGGUCGAGCGAGAAACGGCCGGUGAAGAUGGAGGGUGGCAGCAGCGGCGACAGUGCGGGAUCCGAUGCGGAGGCCGAUCCGGCAGACAAAAAGCAGCCACCCCAGCCGAAGCAACAGAAGGAGGAAGAGGAGGAGACAGUGCCGGGUGCGGCCGACUCCACCGUGAGCAGCUCGAGCAAUAAAGCGGUCGAGCGGGUGAAGGAAGCGACACCGCAGCCCGAACCGUCCUCGUCGUCCUCGUCGUCGUCCGCUGGCAAGGUUUCGCCGGGCAAGAGUGAACCGGUGGCGGACGGUGGAGAGGUUGCCGCAGCGGGCAGCAAGAAGGCGGAACAGAGCGACGAGAUCAGCGAUACGGCCGGCAACGUGGCGGCUGGCAAAUCUACAGAUGCUGCCGAGCCGGGAAAGGACAACUGUGCACCGGACAGCUCGUCGUCGGACGGUAGCAAGCAGCAGGCGAGCAAGCUGAACGGAGACUUGGGUAAGGUGGGCUCCUCGGGGGCCGUCUCGUCCUCGUCGUCGUCCGGUUCGGCCGGUCCAGAGAAUGGCAGCUGCGACAGUGGCAGUGGUGGAAGUGGCGGUGCUGCUGCCUCUGCCAGUGCAUCGCCGGCGGCCAAAGUACACAGCAGCUCGGCCAAACCGUCGCCGAAGAAUGGCCCUCCCCCGGCGGACGUGUCCAUGAGCAUGGACGAUACGGACGACGACGAUGACGAUGAUGAUGAGAGCGAUUCGGACGAGGAGUUCCCGCACGCGGAAGAACCGGCCGACGAUACGUCCAGCACGGACGAAGGGGAGGAGGAUGCGUACGGGGAGGAAGGUAGCGCCGAGGAGGAGGAGGAGGAACCGGACGAGUAUGCCGAUAUGGGCGAGUACAUCAACGAGGAGGACGCCGCGUUCAUGAAAACCAUCACCGACGAGCCGGGCAAGGACAGUGGCUGUACGGCGGUCGUUGCGCUGCUGCACGGAAAGGAUCUUUACGUCGCGAAUGCCGGAGACUCCCGGUGCGUCGUUUGCCGGAAUGGGAAGGCGCUCGAGAUGAGCUUCGACCACAAGCCGGAGGACACGGUCGAGUACCAGCGGAUAGAGAAGGCGGGCGGUCGCGUCACGCUGGACGGUCGGGUGAAUGGAGGGUUGAAUCUGUCGCGAGCCAUCGGUGACCAUGGUUACAAAAUGAACAAAUCGCUUCCAGCGGAAGAGCAGAUGAUAUCGGCCCUGCCGGACAUCGAGAAGAUCACGGUCGGGCCGGAGGACGACUUUAUGGUGCUGGCGUGCGACGGCAUCUGGAACUUUAUGACCAGCGAGCAGGUCGUGCAGUUUGUGCAGGAGCGGAUCAACAAGCCCGGCAUGAAGCUGUCCAAAAUUUGCGAAGAGCUCUUCGAUCACUGCUUAGCGCCACACACCCGGGGCGAUGGUACCGGUUGCGACAACAUGACCGCCAUCAUCGUACAGUUCAAGCCGAACUUUACCGGUGCCGGGUCGCGGAAACGUACCGCCUCGAACUCGGUGGCGAGCGCGGUGGACGGGACCGAUGAUGCGGAUGGCGUCUCGUCCGCCACGAAAAAGGUGAAAACCGACGGUGAUGAUGCUUCCUCCACCACGGAAGUGACCGACGGCAGCAAUGGCGUGGGAAAGGAGGCGGAUGCAACGGAAGCGGCCGCCGCAGUUGCUUCGAUUGCGGACGAGGACAGCACCACCACCACGACGACGUCGACGGCAGCGGCUGCCUCGUCCGAGGCGGCUUCCUCUUCAACGUGAACGCGAACCACCAUGGGACCACGCGGUACACACACACACACACGCGGAAUGAGAGAGACGGUGGGGGGAGAACGCCACACCCAUUGGCCAAAAGAGGUAGGGGAGGGGGGGUUUUAGAGGUGGACAGUGCGCAGUGUAAGGGGCAUCAUCCGUACCGGAGCCGCUAAGGGAAGGUUUGUUCUGGUCCAGUACAUAGUAAUUUGUAAUACAUUCAUUUUUCAUACACUCAUCAUCUUUCCACUCCCUCUCUCUAUCUCUCUGGUUGAAAGUAAUAUCCUUGUGUAUGAGUGUGGUUGUUUUUUUGUUUUCGUCAGUGUGCAAAGAUCGGCGUGUCAAGCAUUAGCGGAGAGGCCCAGUUCAGUACGUUCACUUGUGGUGAGCUAAAUCUCACUUAUUAUUGAAGAGGAUAAGUUGAAAGAUAGAUAGAGGGAGGCAGAGAUAGGGAGAUUACAGGAUUUUACCUCAAGAGGAAGGAAUUACUCGUUUUCGUACGUUUCGUCCAACGAUUGGCACCAUCGCAACACAGUAUUUUCCAGCAAAAAGAAAGCAAUUGAGGGAAAAGGCAGCCCAGCAGAGCCAGGACGAAGAAGGAGGCAGGUUUUGCUAGGUCGUUGUAAUUGAUAAUUUUUCGUUUACUUUUUUUAUAUGCCAAUAUCUCCUGUUGAGGGAAGGCCGUAAGAGAUGAAAACAAGCAGGAGACAAGUAAGAGAUGAAACAACAAAUUGCACCUGAAAUGCUAAGUAGAGAAAAAAGAUUAAAAAAAAACAUUGAAACCAGUUGCAAGUUGUAAAACCCAACUUUCGGUUCGGUAAAGAAAGUACUGGAAAAGCAACACACCCCAUCCCACUAUUUUUAGCCGUGAAAAUUAAUUAUCACUUUUUUCAUCGUCUAUACAUACACAUUAGUGGUUUGUAAUGUGCAAAAAAUGGAAAUAUAGAAGAAGGGGAGUGAAGAGGAUAAAGAUGGAGCAGCAAAACGGAACAUGUAGCAACAAAACCAUAAGGACGAAAGGAGAACGAGAAUGCAUUAAAUGAUUGUAACAACCACUAGAGGGAUGUGUUUUUAGAAAUACGAUCGAUGUACGAUCAAUGUCAACAAGCCCGAGCUAGGUUAGUAGUGUGGCACGAGAACGAUGGCCAACACAGAGUACAGAGUUAAACAAUGGCAAACCAAUAGCAGAGGGUUGUUGUUGAAAUAAAUGAACCCCAUUUAAGUGUAACCACAA